AUGAGCCAGGUCAAGAUCCAGCAGCUGACAACACAACGCCCCCUGCAGGCCAAAGGGGCUACAUCCCUGACGGGGGAGACACCGGCAAAGGGAGCGCCUGGAGAGCGAGGUCCAGCAGGUCCUCAGGGGGAGAAGGGCAGUGAUGGGCUCCCUGGCAGAGACGGGAAGCACGGCUCUCGAGGGCCUCAGGGUCCUGCGGGGCCUCGAGGGGACGCAGGGACGAGGGGCCCGUCGGGAAGCCCAGGGUCACGGGGCAGUCCUGGACCGUCAGGUCCCCGUGGGCCUCCGGGGCUCCCAGGAGACAGGGGGUUCCCUGGCCCACCUGGCCCCCCCGGGCCCCCUGGACCAGCCGUUCCUGUCAGUGCACACAUUCCAGAGCCAGAAGCCCGCGGAAAAGACUUCUUCACAAAUACAUUUCAUGACUCCAGAGGGGCCCCUGUGCCUGGCCCCCAGGGGCCUCCUGGCCCAAUGGGUCCACCUGGUCCAAAAGGCCCAUUAGGACCUCCUGGGCCUCCGGGGCAGAACGGUAAAUCUGGAGUCCCAGGAGCUCAGGGCCCCAUGGGGCCAAAGGGAGAGCGCGGGGACAGAGGACCUGUGGGUGCGACUGGAGAGAGGGGCUUCAGGGGAGAGCCGGGGGCGCCGGGUUCAAAGGGAGAGCCCGGAGAGAAGGGUUCACCGAGCAAUCUCAAUGGAGACGGCAUACAUCAGAUCAGAGAGGCCCUGAAGAUCUUAGCCGAGAGGGUUUUAAUCCUCGAGACUAUGAUCGGUAUCCAUGAGCCGGAGCUGGGGUCCGGCGACGACCCUUUCAGCACAGAGCCCUCUAGCUUCUACAGGGACAAACGUGAGGAGGGGUCCCUUCCACAGCGCCUGUCCACACUCCUGUCCUCCUACAAACCUCGCAGAGACUAG